GCCGGGAAGCCGAAGGAGAAGCUGGAGCAAAGCCCUGAGGAGUCCCCGGAUGUCAAAGCUCUGCAGAAAGAACUCGAGCAGUUUGCCAAGGUCCUGAAGCAGAAGAGGAUCACCCUGGGGUACACCCAGGCCGACGUGGGGCUCACCCUGGGGGUUCUCUUUGGGAAGGUGUUCAGCCAAACCACCAUCUGCCGUUUUGAGGCUCUGCAGCUCAGUUUCAAGAACAUGUGUAAGCUGCGGCCCCUGCUGCAGAAGUGGGUGGAGGAAGCUGACAACAAUGAAAAUCUUCAGGAGAUAUGCAAAGCAGAGACCCUAGUGCAGGCCCGAAAGAGAAAGAGAACGAGUAUCGAGAACCGAGUGAGAGGCAACCUGGAGAACUUGUUCCUGCAGUGCCCCAAACCCACCCUGCAGCAGAUCAGCCACAUCGCCCAGCAGCUUGGGCUUGAGAAGGAUGUGGUCCGAGUGUGGUUCUGUAACCGGCGCCAGAAGGGCAAGCGAUCCAGCGGUGACUAUUCACAACGGGGAGGAGUGAGGCUGCCGGGUCUCCUUUCUCAGGGGCCAGUGUCCUUUCCCCUGGCCCCUGGGCCCCGUUUUGGUACCCCAGGCUAUGGGAGCCCUCACUUUACCACCCUGUACUCCUCGGUCCCUUUCCCUGAGGGGGAAGCCUUUCCCUCUGUCUCUGUCACCACUCUGGGCUCUCCCAUGCAUUCAAACUGAGGUGCCUGCCCUUCUAGGAAUGGGGGGGCCGGGCAAGGGAAGGAGCUCAGGAAGGGAGAACCUGGAGUUUGUAUCAGGGCUUUUGGGAUUACGUUCUUCAAUCACAAAGGAAGGAAUUGAGAACACAAGGGGUGGGGCAGGGAGUUUGGGGGAGCUGGUUGGAAGGAGGGUGAAGUUCAAUGAUGCUCUUGAUUUUAAUCCCCACAUCACUCAUCACUUUGUUCUUAAAUAAAGAAGCCUGGGACACAGUA